AUGGCGGCCCUUGUGAGGUGGGGGUGUGAAACCUCUGGGCAGGGUGAGGUCAGUAUGGUUUUCGGUUGCUGGAUCUUGCGGUACACCAAGGCUUUGUGCCAAGGCCAUUAUGAUUAUCUGGAGCGCCUGUCUGACUGCUUACUUCUGUGGAUGAUAAAUGAUCUGGAACUGGAGGAUGCGUGUCAGCUUGGACCAACAUCACACAGGUUCAAGCAGGUGACUCUGCUCUUCAGCCGUGUGUCAGAGGAGUCUUGGGAGCAGGCCAUGCAGCGUCACUGCAACACAGUUUCAGCUGAGGUGGUGUCUCUGGUGCCUGAGGUGGGCUUUAGCAGCAUCUUCUUCACCAGCGAGCUACAGCUACAGAAGGUGACCAGUCGCAGAAGACUGCAGGCCGAGGAGCAGCAGAAAGAACAUGUCUUUGACCCAAAUAGAAAGCCAGAGGAGUCUCCCAGUGAAAGCUUAGAUUCAGACCAGACAUCCGGUUCUGAGGAAUCUCACCCUGGCGAUCUAAGCCUUGGCACGGCCACUGAUACUGGCUUUGACGCCACCUCUUACUGUGAUGUUGACCCUGGCCCUAAUCUUGAACCAGAGGCUGGCUGUGAUUCCAGCAUGCCUGUGUCUGGCCAAUCACUGGAGGACAACUUUGUGGUGGAAACACAGGUGCAGAACAGUACACCGAGCAAUAGUAGAGAGAUUUUGGUGCAAAGCCAUACAAGACACUGA